CGAGAAAAUACAUUUUUUGGUUAUAGCGGAAAAAUGUCAAUGCAAAAAAAUAGAAUUUACGGUUUGAAAAUAAUAUUUUAAUUUUAAAAUGUCAUUUUUGUCAUUUAUCAUUUUGGACUGAACUAGAUGCAUCUGCAUCCAGAUGCACCAUCAAGACUCACCUUCAUUUGAGUGAGAAUUUGAGAUGAGUUUUUUAAAAAUUCAGCUGGGUGAUCUAUCUGGAUGUAGCAUUAUAAUGCACAAAACGAACAUCAAUUUACAUCUUCACCUAGAUGGAUCACCUGGGUGAGCAAACGAACAGGGCCUUAAUACAUAAAUAAACGAGAGAUUCAGUUGUGGAUAAUCUAGAUUUUUAUAAGUUGUGGACAAUUCUUUUUGAUAUUUAUCCUUCUUCAUUGUUUAUGCCUUUUCUAGUGUAGCCAGGAAUCACUAGAGUUUUUAAAGUUGUGGGAGUAAGAAUUUUAUAAUUUUUUUUAUCAGGUCACAUUCCCUUCUGUCUGAGUUUCUUGAUUUUCUUAUGAUCAAUAGAUAUUUUGGUUUCAUAUCAUUUUCAUUAUUGGACUCUCAGCCUCAGGGUAUAAGCAAUAGUGAAGUAUCUGAUCAAUAAAUAUUAAUAAUAUUAAUUUCAUUUAAUUAGAAUAUUAGAUUUUAGAUUAAAAAACUGAACUAAUUAUAAAGUAAUAAUCUUUUUAAGAAUAUUUCAAAAAAAAUGUGAGUUACUCGAAAAUCAUUUCUCUUUUCUCUUCUUUAUUUUCCUUUUCCUUUUUAUUUUUUAAAAUUAUUUUAAUAUCUAGAUAAUUCAUGAAAACUCUCAUUAUGGAUGUUUUCACUAAAUUUUUUUAUAAACCAUCGAUAAUUAUUUUGAAUAUUAAUUAUUUUCAUUUUUAAAGACUUUUAUAGUGUAGCCAGAAUCAAUAACUUUUACAAGUGGUUAGUUGUUAAAAAAAUCACAUUUCCUUCUGUCAAUUGUUGAGAAAAUUCUUGAUUUUCUUAUGAUCAUCAAUAGAUAUAUUGGGUAGUGACAUUUUUCAAUACUGAAUAACAUUAUUGAGCUGACACAUUGAUAUAUAACAACAUAAGAAGAUGCAGAGAUACGACAAGAUGAACAAACCCCACCACUGAUAUCACGUGCCAAAACUUUACAGUACGAAAAAAGCCAAUCUAGGCCACAUAAAUCUAGAUCAGCUACUCGUGAGUUCAUAGAUAAAAUGAAUCUAGAGAUAUAUCUCUAUAUUUUUUAUCAACCUAGAGAUAUAUUUAUAUGUGUUCAUGAUGGUCACAUUUUAUUUUGUAUGAAUAAAUAAUGUUUGAACUGAGUCAAAGGGGCUCGAUGGAAAGACAACAAGCAGACGAGAAGUGUCAUGUCGACAACAAAACAAACACCUCUUGGUUUGCCCAUAUGAAUGUGAUUUUGUAUUUACACAAUUUGAUUGUAAAAUUUACUUUUAUAUAUGAUUUUAUUAUUAGUUUUUAGUGAACUGAUAAUAUAAAUAAUUAUGUAACUGAUUACUAUAUAUAUAUAUGUUGACCAAAAAUAAUGUAUAUAUAUUUCAAAUUUUAAGUGAGUCAGUGAUGUAAAUAUCCUUUAAAUCCAAUGUAUAUUUUUGCCUACGACCCAAGUGAGAAGAAAUAUAUAUAGGGAAAAACGUACUCAUUCAAUUUAAAAGAAAAAAUACUCUCGUAAUUACAAUUCAACCGUUGGUCUUAGAAAAGUGAUGGUUUUAUUUUUGAAAAUUUAUUAUUUGUUAUCUUAUUAUAAGUCGAUAUAAUUGGUAGUUUAACCACACAUUGCACUUAUUCCUUGUAACUUGGCUCCCACAAGCUCACCUGAAAGACUCUCACUCUCUCCCUCUCUUAAGCACUUUCUCAUGUUCGGAAUUACGGCAAGACAUGAUGACCAACUCGGCACCGCAACCAUACCAAACACCAUAUACAUGGACCCACCUUCCCUAGACCAGCCGUGCCACAACUCAGACCACCGUUCAAUAGAAACCUUAGUCGUUAUCUUAGCUGUCAUCACCAUUUUAUCCGUCUUAGCCGGCAUCUUUGCUAGGCUUUGGGGCGGACGCCAUUUAUCUGACAGCGGAGACCACCACAUCGAAGGUUGGGUGGAGAGGACGUGCCGUAGCUGCAUUGAUGCUGGAGUCCCCACCGUCGCUGCCGCUCCUCUUCCACCGCCUCCAGCGACCACAGAAAUAGUGGAAGAGCAAAGCAAGCCAACAGCCGCGGGAGAUCAAAGCAAGAAGUUAAAAAAGUGAAGUAAAAAAGGGUGAACCUAAAUUCUUCAGUUUAGCUCUUAAUUAACCUCAUGUAAUCAUCGAAAAAGUGAAAACAUUAUGUAAUCUCAGUAAUUUUGAAGACAUCGUUUUACUUAUUAUACGGACAUUGAUUUCGGAAUUUCCACAGAUGGUUUAUGAUUA